AUGAUGGUUUUCUCUACAGCUGCCAGAAAUGUCUCUAGAAGAGCGGUAACGCCCGCUUUACGUAGCGCUCGGCCAAUGAUGAGUACCGUCAAACAGAGUACGAGAAUGGGCUAUAUCAGUCUUAGAUCCAUCUCUUCAGAAGCAAACAAAGAAUCAAAAACAGCUGAAAGCGACACAGCCAAAGAAAGUGAUGCAGAAUUGACUGAUGAACAGAAAAGAAUUAAGGAACUCGAAACCAAGCUUGAAAGCAAAAAUAAAGAGGCUGUCGAGCUAAAGGACAGACUAUUAAGAUCUGUAGCAGAUUUCAGAAAUCUACAGGAAGUCACCAAGAAAGAUAUAAAGAAGGCCAAAGAUUUUGCUCUCCAAAAAUUUGCGAAGGACUUGCUAGAAUCUGUUGACAACUUUGGUCACGCCCUAAAUGCUUUCAAACCGGAAACUCUGGAGGAGUCCAAAGAGAUUGACGAUUUGUAUACUGGCGUUAAGAUGACCAGAGAUGUAUUCGAAAAGACGUUACAAAAGCACGGUAUCGAGAAGCUUGAUCCUAUUGGCGAACAAUUUGAUCCAAACAAGCACGAGGCCACCUUCGAACUACCUCAACCAGAUAAGGAGCCUGGUUCUGUUUUCCACGUUCAACAGGUUGGAUUCACAUUGAACAAUAGAGUCAUUAGACCAGCAAAGGUUGGUAUUGUCAAGUCCACUGAUGAGUAA